CCGUAUUAUGACAUUUAACACAUAAUGUUAGAUAACUAAAUUCUUCUGUUUUUCUAUAAUUAUUUAUGAUUCCAAACCGUGUGAUGUUGUGUCGGGCUGGUAAUAAAUAAAACAGUGAUGAUAUCAAAUGUAAAUAUGCCUAAAAACCAAAUUACACUUAAGUUUCUAAUAGCAGCAUAAGCAUCUAUGAUUGGUACUCUUCCGUCCCGAUAUAAUAAACGAAAUAAUUAUUACCACCACUCGAUGGUGUCAAAUAUAGAAAGCAGGAAAACAUUCGAUAACCGAGACGGUACCGUACCAUACCUUUUGGCACUUUUUAAAUGAGUACCGACAUUGACGUGCAGAUAAGUUCUAGUCAGUAAGUCUGUGACACAUUGUGAUUAAAAACCUAAAAUGUAUGUUUUAAAGCGUCGUACAAUAUUAUCAUCAACCACAUUUAUAAUCACAAUAGCAUUAUCCAACGAUGAUAAAUUAUUCAUAAAGCAUAGAUGGAAGAAUGUUGAUUUUUUGGUUCAAAUGGUGAAAAAUAUGAUUCAUCAAUAUUUUAUUCUUGAAUUAAAUGAAAAUAAAAAUCAAAGUAAACUAAUUUUGGAUGAUGCAUUUUUUGAACAAUUCAAUUCAUUAUGUUCUAUUCAUAUAAUAAAUGUUAAAAUUGAACGUUUAACAUGGAAUAAUCGAUAUUCACAUUAUUUAAAUGAUUUAUGUUUUAUACGUUUGAUAAACAAUAAUUUACAUUAG